CUCAACAGUCUUUACUUUCAGACAACUAGAGAGAGAGAGAGAGAGAGAGAGAGAGAGAGAGAGAGAGAGAGAGGAGAGAGUUCUCUACUCGAGAAUGAAUUGCCACUUCAAGAUUUGAAUUAUUUAAAAUCAAGAUUCUUGAUUUCCAAAUUUAGCUGAAAUAAACCAAGAAAGGGACUAACAAUUUCAACAUAUCGAGGACUUGGUAUUCUAUUCUUCAACAGUUCUUUCAGAAUGUUGAGGGACUUCAAAUUCUUGCGCCGGAACAGUGGUAAGAAUACCCAACCAGAGGAAAUUGAGAAUGUACCAGUGAAUCCGAGGGAUUCGAUGGGUCCUCCAACUAGUACAGACUCAACAAGGCCUCCUUUAAACACAAUUCAAGAAACCACCACCAGGAGUUUGAAAGGUGGAGUAGAUCAACAAGGGAGUGUUAGGGUUACUAAAGUUGAUAAGACCCCUUCUAAACGUAGAUAUUCCGAUAUCACUAAAACUCCAGAAAAACCCGUAGGUCAUCAAAAAAGUCGAUAUGGGUGGGGGCCGAAAGCUGAUUCCAGCUCGAAUUCUGUUGAAGUAGGGGAUGAAGGAAAGAUGGAUGCAGGUCAACCGAGGACAGUAUCGGCCAACACUACUCCUCGGUCCACUAGGACGAUAGGGAGGGCGAAUUCUAACUAUUCGGAGAGCCAUUCUAAUCAAAACACACCAUGUAAAAGUGUAACUAAGCCUCCAAAUCCUGCAUUUUCUUUAGCUAGUGGUUCAAGGAAUUUAGCGAGUGGAGCUGCCCGGGUGGCCAAUUAUGCAUCAUUGUAUAGGGGAAUUCCAAGCAGUGCUAAUUCAUCGACUGUUGUUGAUACAGCUGAAGUUCCACAUUUUGAACUCAAGGAAAAUCCAUCUUUCUGGAUGGAGCACAAUGUACAGGUUUUGAUACGAGUGCGUCCUCUCAACAGCAUGGAGAGAAGUACUCAAGGAUACAAUAGGUGCUUGAAGCAGGAAAGUGCACAAUGCAUCACUUGGAUUGGGCAGCCUGAAACUCGGUUCACAUUUGAUCACGUGGCAUGUGAAACAAUCAACCAGGAAACACUUUUUAGAAUGGUUGGUUUACCAAUGGUGGAGAACUCUUUAUCUGGAUAUAAUAGCUCCAUCUUUGCAUAUGGACAGACUGGUAGUGGGAAGACACAUACAAUGCUUGGUGAGAUUGAAGAAUUGGAAAUCAGGCCGAGUCCCAACCGAGGAAUGACACCACGUAUAUUUGAAUUCUUGUUUGCAAGGAUCAGAGCAGAAGAGGAAAGUCGAAGGGAUGAGAGACUACAAUACAGCUGCAAAUGUUCUUUUCUGGAGAUUUACAAUGAACAAAUCACCGAUCUCCUUGAUCCUUCAUCCACAAAUUUAAUGUUGCGAGAGGAUAUCACGAAAGGCGUGUAUGUUGAAAAUCUGUCCGAAUAUGAAGUCCAAACUGUGGGUGACAUUCUUAAGCUCUUGACUCAGGGCUCUUUAAACAGGAGAGUUGCAGCAACACACAUGAACAGAGAGAGCAGUCGCUCCCACAGUGUCUUUACCUGUAUAAUUGAGAGUAGGUGGGAAAAGAACUCUACUGAUAACUUCCGUUUUUCAAGGCUUAAUCUUGUUGACCUUGCCGGUUCAGAAAGGCAAAAAUCUUCUGGUGCUGAGGGCGAACGUUUGAAGGAAGCUGCAAGCAUCAACAGAUCUUUAUCAACUCUAGGUCAUGUAAUAAUGGUUCUGGUGGAUGUGGCCAAUGGGAGGCCAAGGCAUGUUCCUUAUAGGGAUUCGAAAUUGACAUUUCUACUUCAGGAUUCACUGGGUGGAAACUCAAAAACAAUGAUUAUAUCCAACGUUAGCCCUUCAAUCUGCUGUGCAGCUGAAACACUGAAUACGUUAAAGUUUGCUCAGAGGGCAAAACUUAUUCAGAACAAUGCUGUGGUCAAUGAAGAUUCUUCAGCAGAUGUCACUGCUCUUAAACAUGAGAUAAGACUUCUAAAGGAGGAGCUUUCAUCUCUGAAACGUCAGAAUGUAUCUAGAGCUUUGUCAUUUGGUCAAACAAUUAUUUCAGGAGACUCUAGACUGGAAGAUGACAGCAGUUAUGAUGAAAAGGCACUUGAGACAGAUCAGCAUGGUAGUUUGAUCACAAAGGAUGCCAAGGGCAUCGUAAGGUUAUCCUCUAAACAGUUCAAAUCACUAGAGACCACACUAGCUGGUUCUUUAAGGAGAGAGCAGAUGGCUGAAACUUCUAUGAAACAACUUGAAGCUGAAAUUGAGCAGCUUAACCGUCUGGUUCGUCAGAGGGAGGAAGAUAAUAGGUGCACCAAGAUGAGGCUCAAGUUCAGAGAAGAGAGAAUUCAAAGGAUGGAGUCCCUUGUCAAUGGAAAAAUACCAGCAGAUAGUUAUUUAUUGGAGGAAAACAAAGCACUUACUGAAGAAAUUCAGUUGCUUCAUGCUAAGGUUGAUAGAAAUCCAGAAGUAACUCGAUUCGCAUGUGAAAACAUUAGGCUUUUAGAAGAACUGCGGAGAUAUCAAGAUUUUUACGAAGAAGGAGAGAGAGAUAUUCUGUUAGCUGAGGUUUCUAACUUGCGGGAUCAGCUACUUACCAAUGUUGAUGGGAACUUGAAGCAGCACAACCAUUUGAACAUGAAUAUUCCAUCUCAGGAGUCUAUUCAUGUCUGCGGCGAGCAAACUACACUACAUUUAGAGUUAAAAAAGACUUUACAUGAGUUGGAGGAAUGCCGGACUAACCUAAACUGUUGCUUGGACAAAAAUGAAAAACUCAGCAGGGAAAUAGAUGAACUACGACGUUCAUUAAAGAGCAUCAGUUCUGCUGACAAUGAUAAUAAUGGUCGGGUUGAAGUCAUAAAGGAGUCAAUAUCAGAAGCUCUGGCUCUUAAUAGCAAAUCAAAAACUUCUGAUGAGAAAGAGAAGGAAGAUCCGAGGAAAGAAGAAACGAUGAAGCACAUAGAGGAAAUUAUGAAUUUGCAACUUGAGUUGGACAUUCUGAAAGUUAUAGUUCAAGAAGAAAGGUUGCAUCGCAAUGAAUUGGAGCAAAGUGCUCAAUCCAUGAUGCAAGACCUAGAGUCAUCAAAAGAACAGCUUCUGUUGGUGAACAAGAAAUGUGAAGAUGUUCAAGCAGAACUUGGGGAGGCCAAAUCCAUUAUUGAAGCUCUUGAAUCCCAACAUCUCUUAGCAAUCGCUGAGGUAGAUGAUCUAAGAAACAGUAACAGCCAUUAUGCUGAAGUAGUGCAAAAACAGCAGCUUGAAAUCACUUCCUUGAAGGAGCAAAUGUUUCGUCAAGAAUCGCGAGAUCUCUCAUUUUCAAAGCUUUUGGAAAGUGAUGAUUCUCCUUUGCAAGCUAAGCUUAAAAAGAUGCAUGAUUCCCUUGAGAAGGCCAAAAUGUUGAAUCAGCGUUACCAAAGUGACUGUGACUUUCAAGGGUCAAAUGAGGAAGCGAUGGAUGAAAUAAGUAGGCAGGCUGAGGCAGAAACUGCUGAAGUGAUUGUAUGCUUGCAGGAAGAACUCCUUCUUCUUCAGCAGGAAGUCAGCAAUAGCAGCUUGAAAGAGGGGGAGAGCAGGAACAGGUUAACUGAGCUGGAAACUGAGGUUAAAAACUUGGAGGAAAAAUUGUCUUUAAUGACAGAAGAAAAUCGAAAACUUGUUGAAGAUGUAGAUGACAAAGAAAAAGAGUUAAUAAAUAUGUCUGAAGAAUGGGAGCUGGUAAACAACGAGAUUGAAGCUAUUGUAAGUGGGGGGCAUGAGGCUCUCAAAGAUGCCUGUGAGCAACUGGAUUUAAUUUCCAGUACAUUUCCAGAUAAGAGAAGUAGGAUAUCUGAACAAUUUGGCAGAAUGACAAAAUACAUCUUUGAAAAGGAGUUACUUAUUGAAGAACUCAACCAGAGUCUGGAGAAUGCUCUCAAUAGAAGAAAUGAUAUGGAGUCCAUGUUGAGAUCUCUUAGAGGGGCAGCUUUAGUUAUGACGGAGGCUCACCAGCUAGAUUGCCGUGAAAAGGAUGCUGAAAUAUUUUCUCUGACAUCCCAGUUGAGCUCAAAGGAACAUGUCAUCUCAAAACUUGAGAACAAGAUUAAGCAUGGGGAGGAUCAACUCAGAAAGGCAUCGGUCAAUGCAACAGUCGCGUUCUUGGUGGUUAACUGGUUGUCGGAACAGAAUUCCAACUAUAAUGAUGCUUUAAACCAGAAGGAAAUGCAGCUUAUGGAAUCUCUAGAAACAAGCAGACAAAAGGAUGCUAUUCUCUGUGGUCAGGCUUCAGUAGUUGCCACUGCAGAGAGUCAAAAUGAGUCUCUUAGAAUGGAGCUACAUACUCUUAGACAAAAGCUUGAAGAAAAUGAUAUGUUGAAAACGAUUGAGAAACUUACAGAGCUGCAAGCAGGUGUUUCAACAGUACGUUCGCACCUCAGUGAGUGUGUGGAAAGAAGUGGAAGUCAUGGAAAAGUCAUUAGCAAUGAAACUCAUGCUUCUGUUUCUACUGAUGACAAGUUUGAAACAUGGACAGGUACUGUGACACGACAACACAGCCAGCACCUAGAGUCAUGCAUUUUUGGAUCAGUCAGCAAGCAUAAAACUUUUCAAACGAAUUGGCAGGAUAAGGACAGAGAUGCUACAAUUAUUCUACUAAGGAAAGAAAUGGAAUCUUCUCUAGAAUGCUUAAAAGGAGUGCAAGCUGAGAUGGCCGGAUUACGCGUUGAGAAAGAAGUACUGUGGUCAUCUGAGCAAAAGAGUAAAGAGACCAUUGGAGAUUUUCUGGCCGCAGCAACUUCUCUACAGACCUACAUGGACAAGUUUGAACAGGAACUUGAACUUAAAGUGGAGUUAGUAGACAAUAAGUUGCAGAAAAUAGAAGGUGCUGUGAAGGAGUCCUCCAGCUCCUGGUAUGAGCAAAAAAUGCUACUUGAAGCUGAACUUUGUGAUGCUAAGGCAGUGGCGGCACAGAAAGCUACGGAAGCUUCCUGCAUUCUAGCCAAAUUUGAAGAGGUUCAAGACACCAUGAAAGAAGCAGACAUCAUGAUAAAUGAGCUGAUGAUAGCAAAUGAAUCCUUAAAGCUUGACAAAAAAAAGCUUAAGAAGAAGAAGACCAGCUUAACCGAACAGAGAGACAUCCUAGUUAAUGAAAAUCAAAGCUUGCAGUCGGUUAAUGAUCUAAAGGAUGUGCAUUACAAAAGACUGGAGAGUGAGUUUGAGUCAGAUCUAGCAAUGAUGCAGAGGCUGGUGUUGGAGCUAGAGGAUAUAGUUUCACAGGCAGCGACUACAUCCAUGGAUGAGCUCAAGUCUGUAAUGUCUGAUCUCCUUAUCAUAAAGUCUCAACUUCAUGAAUCAACUAAGUGCAUGAGGUCAUGGCUUGAGGAGAUCUGGUCUGAUAUUAUUGUCAAGGACUGUGCUCUGUCUGUCUUGCAUCUUUGUCACAUGGGCAUUUUCUUAGAAGCUGCAGCUGGAUUGAAUGUAGAAAAUGGGCUACUCAAUCAUGGGCUAAGUGAAUCAAGUUCAUUAAUAUCUAAGCUGAAGGAGCAGAACUUCAAAGCACAGAGAGAGCUUGAAAUGUGCAGAACUCUGAAGGGGAAAUUAUUGGCCGACAUUAAAAACAACUUUGAUCGUGUACUACGGAAAGAGUCUGAUGCAGGGGAUUUCACCUCCAAACUUGGCUCUUUUGAGAAUAAAAUAUUGGACCUGCAGUUCCAGGAAGAGACAAUGUUAGCAAGGUCAGAGCAAAUGGGAUCUGAGUUUGUUGAGUUAAUAAAAGAGAUAGAUCUCAGCAACAAGGCUGUCUUGGCAUCUCUUAUAGAUCAAGAAAGGGUGCUGAAGGACAAAGAGGAAGCCUUGAAAUCUCAUGAAGAUAGUUUGACAAUGGAAUUUUCUGCAAAAGAUUUUGAGUCAUUAAUUUUGUUAUCUGCGUUAGAAGAGAGGACCAUAUUAAUAUCUGAGCUGGAGAGAAAAAAUAAGCAUUUUUAUGAAGUUGCUGAAAGUUUGAAGAGAGAAAUCAUUUUUGACAAUCUGGAUGUUGCAUUAACUGCAUCCAUCUUACUUGACAAGGAGGUUGAAGUUUCUAUCCUACAUGAGGAAGUUGCAGAAGCAGGAAGGAAGCAGCAGAAUUUGUUGGCUGAACUUAAUGUAAUGAAUUCAAAGAUUGCCGAAGUACAGUCUAGAAAAAGUGCCCUUGAACAAGAUGCUUGCUCACUGAAGGAAGUUUCUUGUUUGAACGAGUCGUUGGAGCGUGAACUUGGAGAAUUGAUGGAAGCAAAGACUGUUCUGAAAACCCAGGUCCAGGAACUUAGCUCUAAAAAUGAGAAGUUGUUUGAAGAAUUACAAAAGAAGGACUCAGCCCUUGAAAGUUCUUCAAGUCGCAUUGUUGUCCUUGACCAACAAAACCAGAUGUUGCAGAACAAAACUUGCUUGCUGGAAGCAGCAUCAUGUAGACUCCAGAAUGAUAUGGAAAUGAAAGAAGCAGAAAUUAAGAAAGAGAAUUGUCUUGGAAAGGAGAUUGAAGAACUGCAGCAUGAAAUAACAGAGUUAAAAGGAGAACGUUGCCAACUUAUCCAAGAGUUGGAGGUCAAGAAAGUAGAGAUUGAGAGAAUCAAUGCUUUGGCAGCAGAGAAUACUUCCUUGAGAAUCCAACUCAGAUCUCGCGAGAAGGGUAACAAUGACGCUUUUGAUAUGGUGCUCAAAGUAAACAGCACUGCAAGUAAAGCACUUUAUGGGUUUCAAAAUAAAAGUGCUGAGUUAGAUGCCAUUUUACAGAACAUAUAUGGAGAAGUUGGGAGGGCAUCCAAGUUUUUUGAAGAGUUUGAGUCAUUGGAGAAUUUAGCAGAAGAGAUUUUAUCACAGAGUGCUUCCCUGCAAACUGAGUUAGUUCGGAAGGAUGACAUCAUCAAAGGAAUGCUGUUUGACCUUAGAAUGUUACAAGAAUCGGCAUCCAACCACAAGGAUCAAAAAGAUGAAAUUGAUGAUUUGAUGGCUUCUAUAAAUUCUUUGGAAAAUGAGCUUGAUGAAGCUGUUUGUAAAGGUCAAGCGCUUGAAGUUCAGUUGCAGGAAAAGAUAAUUAAGAUAGCUGUUUUGGAGUCAGAUAUCGCGGAAAAGUGCAAGGACAUAGAAUUGCUUUCAAGCGAAAACUCGGAGCUGGCUGCCACUGCCAAGGACAUCAUGGAAGAAAAAUGUACCAUCGAGGAGGAAUUGUUGGAGAAAAGGCAAAUCUGUGAGAACUUAGAGAUAGAAAUCACCAACUUUGGUGAUAUUGUUAGCGAAAUGAGCAAUUCAAUUGAAUGCUUGAAGAGAAAUCUGAAUGAUGUUACUAGUGAGAGGGAAGACCUCCACGGAGAAAUUCUCACAUUGAAAAGGGAGCUGAAGAUGGCACAAACUCUUGCGAAGGAAAGUGAAGCAAUUGCCAUUGAAGCAAAAGAGGUGGCCGAGAUCGCAAAACUCCAGGCUGAAGAGAAAGAAGAGGAGGUUAUAUUGUUAGAGAGGUCUGUUGAGGAACUAGAGUGCACAGUGAAUGUACUAGAAAACGAGGUUAAAUUUGUCAGAGGAGAGGCUGAGCGGCAGCGUUUACAAAGAGAGGAGCUUGAACUGGAACUUCAGGCUAUCAAGCAACAAAUGAACAAUGUAGAAGGCAGUGAUGCUGAUAUGAAAAGGCAUCAAGAGGAAAAAGAAAAGAGUCUUCAAGAAGCCUGUCAGCGCAUACAACUUCUUGAGGAAGAAAUCAUCUCUAGAGACGCUGAAAUAGCCCACUUCAAGGCUCAUAUAUCAGAACUAAAUUUGCAUGCUGAGGCACAGGCUUGCGAGUAUAAGGAAAAGUUUAAGGCAUUGGAAGCAUUGGCAGAGAAAUUCAAGAUGGAUCCCCAUGCCUCCCAAGCUCCAACUUUAUCAUCAAGCAAAUUGGAGAAAAAUUCUUCAAAGCCUAGGGGUUCUGGUUCCCCUUUCAAAUGCAUGGGCAUAGGCCUGGUUCAGCAGUUGAUGUCUGAGAAGGAUGAGGAGCAUAGUGCAGAAAGAUAUCGUAUCCAAGAACUUGAGGCUCUAGCUACUAGUAGACAAAAAGAGAUAUUCAUGCUGAACUCAAAAUUAGCUGCUGCUGAAAGCAUGACCCAUGAUGUAAUACGUGAUCUAUUGGGUUUGAAAUUGGACAUGAAUAACUAUGCGACUCUACUGGAUAAUCAGCAAUUCCAAAUGUUGAUGGAGAAGGCUCGACACCUUAAUGUUGAUGGUCAGUUCAAGGAGCAAGAGAUUCUUAAGCUGAGGCAACAGCUAAAUGAGUUUAUAGAGGAGCGGAAAGGAUGGAUUGAGGAAAUCGAGAGAAAACAAGCAGAGAUGGUGGCUGCACAGAUUGGACUAGAAAAACUGCGCCAGCGGGAUCACUUGCUUACAACUGAAAAUGAAAUGAUAAAGAUGGAGAAUGUAAAUCAUAAGAAGAAGGUCAUCGAACUUGAAGCAGAUAUAAAGAAGUUGUCUGGUCAGCAAAACCUUCAACAGCGCAUCCAUCAUCAUGCUAAAAUUAAGGAAGAGAACAAUGUACUGAAAAAUCAGAAUGAUGACCUUAUUGUUAAGCUGCGGAAAACUGAAUCAAUUCUUUCGAGAGUCAGGGAAGAACUGACUCACUUCCGUCAAAGUAAUGGAAGAAGCCCCUACAUUAAUUUUGAUAAGGAGCAAACACUGGAGAACAAGUUGAAGGAAAAGGAAGAGGAAAGGCUGCAAUUGGCGCAGAAGUUACUUGGUUUGUGCGCUACUGUGCUAAAGGCUGCUGGAAUAACAAAACCAACAUCCGAGAUUGGGAUCUCAGCAGCUGAAGAAGCACUUGAGCAGCUCAAAAAUAGAUUGACUUCACUGGAAAGAGAACUACAGGAUGCCAAAUUUAAGAACAAAAUGACUAAUGAACGAAUCCGAUUGUCUGAGCUCAUGCCACAAUCUUCCCCUCUAAGAACAGAUGAAAAUGGACAUCCUCCAAACAGAGGAUGCUCCCCUCUAACGAUCUUUGAUCGGUGAAGUUCUUUUACUAACUUAAAGAGGAGUGAAUUAUCUGUACAUGGUGAUGGUGACUCCAAACAGAGGAUGUUCCCCUCUAACGGUCUUUGAUAGGUGAAGUUCCUUUUACCAACUUAAAGAGGAAGAGUUAUCUGUACAUUGUGUUAGUUUUUUGCUAGCAGUUUGUUCAUAUAUGCUUUUGUACUUUAUAUACAUAUAGUGUACACAAAUCAUGGACAUCUGUAAAUAGUGAAUCCAUGAUUUUGUAUUAUUAUCUUUCUUUGAAAGUAUUCGUGUAAUUCAUUUAUUCUGUAAAUUUCCAUGUGUAACUUCUACAAAAGGCAUAUGUUGUACAAUCACAAUUAUGUUUACAGCUGUAACAACUUUUCCUUCUGCGGUAAGAACUGCGGUAAGAACUCUUUUUUCA